UACGUCCGUAUUUACACCACCAACUAUGCUUAAUAAGAAUGUCCGCACCUCCUCGUUCUCCAGCCCAGAGCUGUUUCCCCUCGUCUUUCAAUUUUAGUUGAUCGGUCCUAGGCGAUGUAAACGGCAGCUACACAAGAUAGGCAAUAUGGCUAAUCCCGCAGAUUGCACCUCGAGCCAUUGCUCGCGAGUCUUUCUCACUUACGAACCUUCUCUCGCUGGAGGUGCAGUGUUUCUCGUGCUUUUCGCCAUCCUAAUCCCCGUCGUCUUAGCCCUUGGGAUCAAAUGCAAGAGUUCCGUUUUCGCCACGGCUAUAGCUACGGGGCUUGCAUUAGAGGUCUUGGGGUAUAUUGGUCGAGUCCUGUUGCACAACAACCCAAAUGAAAAGAGCUUCUUCAUUCUGUUCUUGGUGGGGACAAUCUUGGGUCCGACGUUUAUUUGUGGCGCCAUCUUUCUCGUUAUGCCGAAAAUUGUAGCCGUCUACGGCGAAGAGUUUCGAUCUUGGAGGCCUGUCUGGUACCGACUAUCGUUUUAUGCUUUAACAGCUAUCACUUUCGUACUCGAGCUGGCGGGAAUACUUGUCUCUACGAUUCAAAACGACCAGGGAGACGUCGAUACAGGUGUCCGCGUUGUCGUCGUCGGAUUAGCCAUCCUGCUCGUUGCUUUGCUUGUAUUUAUUGGCCACGCCAUGCUAUUUUCAAUUGCUGUGCGCACGAGACAUCAUCCGUUAGACAUCAAGUACGCCGGCAUAUACAACAGCGGUGCUUUCAAAAUCUUCCUAGCUGCACUGUCCCUCGCGACCUUACUACUCAUCAUUCGGACAGCUUUUCGAACUGUCGUCAUCGCGGAGGGCUACGAUAGCUCAAUUGCGCAAUCCGAAAUUCUAUUUUUGAUACUUGACGGUCUGAUGGUAUUUCUUGCUACUUUGAUUCUUGUCGCGUUCUUCCCUGGACGGGUUUUAAGCGACUCAUGGUCUCAAUUACCAACCAGGGGACCCUCCAAGACGCCACUUCGACCGAUCCGACCAACCCCAUACGAGAUCCCAUCUACCCGAACUAGUCCAACUUAUAAUCGAAUGAGCGUUAAGUCCUCUACUACGGCUAACUAUUCGCCGAGGAAAAUGCAUUACCCGGCGCCGGCUCCCCAGAAUCAUAUGGUGGACAGCGAUGCCUUGUGGUAGAUACACAUCCGGUAGAUUGGCGGGGUCGGAUUGGCAAACAUUCAAAACAAGACCCUAGGCCUUAUUAGGGGGCAUUAGAUAUGUGCGGCGGUGUUUCGGGGGGGUAUUGCUUUCGACUAAGCAUUCCUAUCGCUUAAGUACGCGUUUUAUGAGG